AUGAACUUGCUAUCAUAGAUUAUUAUAUUCAAUCUCCUUUUUCUUGAAACAUUAGCAUUCAGCUUAUCUGUUUCAUAAACAACGCCAACGAUUACAGGAACUUAUCAAACCAUAUCAUAAUUUAAUUCAACAUUCCAAUUCAACACUACCAUUCAGAUAGAAGGGGAAUAAUUCCAAUUUCUCAUCGUCGAAUUUCAGUAAACCUCUAAAGUCAAAUCAAAAAUGGCUGUUUUAUACAAUGAAAAAUUUCCAACAUUAGAGAUCAAUAAAACUAUACAAUUUAAAGAUAUGGAUUAUGACAGGUAUUAAUUGUGCAUAAUCAUAUAGCUAUGCACUAAAAAAGAAAAACCAUUACUUAUUCAUUGAAAAUUUGUUUCUUCCUAAAUUUAUUACAAUUCUCAGUAACAUUUCAAUUACAUUUGAUUUAAUAUUAACAGGUACUAAUGCAUCAAAAUGUUUAAAUAAUUGCAAUAACUAUGGAAAUUGUAUUUAAGGACGUUGUGUUUGUAUCUCAAAUUACAUAGGAAAAGAUUGCUCAAUCAAAGCAACAGAGUUAGAAAUUUAGACCUGGAGAAAUUAAACUUUAUCAAAUAAUGUAACUUUUUUUUAUUAUCAAUAAAAGGAAAAAUCGAAGGAAUUAGAUUUAAUAUUUUAUGUAAACUUUCCAAAUAUUUUUAUAGACUGAUAGCCAAUAAAAUCUUAGUGUAUUUGAAAUCGUCUCCUCUGUUAUCUCUUUACCUACCAUCAGGUUUUAUGACUUCUAUGGAAAAUUUAAUAACUCCCUGCCUCUUGCUCAGAUAAUUAGUUCAAAAGGCUUCAAAGAUUUGGAUGAAGAUGACUUUCUGAGUGAAGACACUGAUUAGGACGAUAAAAAUGUAUUCAAUGGAACUUUGACAAUGCUGACUAAUUCACCCUCCAGAUUAAUCAUCGCAGUUUUGUGUUAUACCCCAAAUGCAUCACUAUCUAUAUCAUUCUAAUAGAGGUAGAAGUAAGGAAAUACCAAAAAAAUAUUAGAAUGGCUUUUACCUGUUAUUAUCUUAGGAGUCUUUAUUUUUUUGGGAAUCUUCUUUCUGUUAAGGCGAUCAUUUAAAAAAGAAUAGUUAUUUGGAAAUCAGAUUAAACAAGUUAAAUUAGUGACUGAUUGCGAUAUUUGCUAUCUAUGCUAGUAAAGUUUAAAAACUAAGAACGAUGAGAAUGUUGUUAAAAUAAAUUCUUGUCUUUAAAAGCAUAUUUUCCAUGAAAAAUGUCUACAAUUUUACUCUAAAAAAAAUCACUAAUUAUAUUGUCCAAGUUGUCCUUAAAUACUUUCGGAACCAUAGCAGUGACUCAUUCCCCAAAUACUAA